GGAGCCCCAGGGGCCCCUAGCUCGGCUCUCCACCCUGAAGACAAGCAGAACAUCUAAAAUACAAACCGGAGACCGCCUGAAGUCACCAUAUGACAGGUCUUUGCAGUAACUACGAUCUGAGUGCGACUCAAUACCGACACGUUAAAAGUUUUCUUAAACCAGAAAACAAAAGAGCGGUGAGCGCUUCAGUGCAGAGACAGACCCUGCAUACGCUGUAAUGGGUUAGUACGUGUUUCAGAUAUUUAUUCAACCACCCGACGAAUGCACCUACAAACGCCUCCUGUUGUGACAUUGCUACGUACAAGAGGUGGGAAUUCUGUGCGAUAAGCUACCGUAUCACAGGUAUGGAGGAAAAUGAGUCGGCGCACAAAGCUCAGCAGACAGAACGUCGUUCUUUAGUAAUAAAAGCUGAGAAAGGGGAGGCGACACCGCAGCGGGAGAGCUUGGGGGACCUCCCAACAGGCGAAGAGGAUGUAACCAAUGGUCUCACGCCUCAUGAUAUCCAAGAAAGUCAAAAUAGUUCUCUAUGCUUCCCAGGAACCAGCUACUGGUGUGUCUCAGAGAGUACAGAUUCUCCUUUGCUUCUGUCUCCUGUUCCAGGGCCAUCGAUGCAGGAUCCCCCUCCCGUAAAACACACACCUGGGAGAGACCACCGGCGCUAUUACCAUGAGUACUGGCGCAGCGAGUACCUCAUGGAUUUUGACCGGCAAAAUCAGGGGAUGAUAUGCAUGGUGUGCGGCAGCUCGUUGGCAACCCUGAAGUUGAGCACCAUCAAGAGACACAUCAGACAGAGGCACCCGUACUCUCUGCUUUGGAGUGAGUCGGAUAAAGAUGUGAUCAGGUCAGGCUGGGAGAGUCACUUGAGUCUGGAGAACAACCAGAGGCUAAUAUGCCCUGAUCCAGAGAAUGCCCCAGAAUCAGAAGAGAUGCUAAAUGUUGAAAGCCAUUCCACAGGCAAAUCUGGAAGUAAUGUUACUCCAGCUCCCCCGUCCCAGUCUGGGUUCAGCCAAGUCCCUCCCUCUCCUCUUGCUUCUUCGGCCCAGGAGCUCCCAGGUCCCACAGCUCAGGUGUUGGAGCGCUACCUGAACGAUACGUUGCAUGCAUGGUUCCGUCAGGAGUUCCUCAUGGAAUACCAGGCAGAGGCAGGUCGUCUAGUAUGCAUGGUAUGCAGCUGUCUGUUGCCUUCACUCCACCUGGAUCACAUUAAGAGUCACGUGCUGGAUCUGCAUCCAAAUUCUCUACUAUACAGCGCUGAGGAAAAGCACUCCAUCCUGCAGAACUGGGCCAGGACACACGAUUUAGAGUUUUUACAAGAUGUUAAAUUGGAGCAGCAGAACUGGGGCAACGAAGAAAGCAUAAAUGGACAAUCACAGUUUUUUCCUAUGGACAUGGAUCCCACCCAGAAUAACUUAGGGAGUUACUCAAGAGGAGAUGAGAAUCCAUCAGAUGCUGACCAGAGACCUCAGUCUUUACCUCACCGCUUCCCCAGAAGGAGACGCCUGAAAUACGGCAGCCCCUGGCGUCUCCGGCUGGAUUAUUUAGUGGCGUAUGGUCCUCCGGAUAAUCCAUGCUGCUACUGUAUGGUGUGUUCUGAGCAUCUGCCUGUGCCAAGGGUCAGUAACUUCCGUAAGCACAUUCAGGCGUGCCAUCCAGAAACAAGUGGCCUCAGCCGUAUUGAGAAAGAUGCUGUGAUCAGGGCCUGGACAAAAGAGGAGAAAAUCCACUCUGCUGCGCCGAAGGAGGAUACCCUGCACAGUGGAACUGCAGAUGUGAACACUCUUAUUAAUGCACAAGCUUCACCUGUAAAAAUCACAGAGCAAGGAGACAUCAAAACAGAAGAAGACAAGAGCACAAAUAUUACACCCUCAACACAGACCACAGGGCGGAACAGGCACUAUCCGGGUAAGGACCAGCGGCGGAAUUAUCAGGCGCACUGGCGGAUGGACUUCCUUAUGGAUUACGACUGCAGGAGGCACGGACUGAUCUGCAUGGUGUGUGGUGCUACGCUCGCUACGCUUAAGGUCAGCACUAUCAAAAGACAUGUCCUGCAGGUGCACCCUCACUCACUGGACUUCAGCCCAGAAGAAAAGCAGCUGGUCCUGCUUAGCUACAGCAAGAUCUCCCUGCAUUUACAUUCUGAUGACUGUUUUUCAGGAUCAAACCACAGCCAUAAAGAAAAUGCUAAUGCUAAUGUAAAUACGGGAUUAACUUCAAAUCAGAGCACUUAAUUAAAAGAAAGAGGUAGGGAUGUGUUUUUGACAUCCUGUUUUUUGUUUCCUUCACUCAGGAAGUUUGCAGCAGCAUUUAAGAAAUGUUUGUUUUGGGAAAAUAGUUCAAGGAUAAUUAAAAGUGAAUAAAAAAACUGAAAUGCUUGAUAAGUUUGAAAGGUUUAUUUAUGCACAUCAAUCACUUUUCACAAUGAAAUGAAGAACAACCCGUGUCACAUAGAAUUUAAAAUGCUUCCAACUAGGAAUUUUUCUGUACUGAAAGGAAGCUCUUAUAUGGUAUGUAUGACAUAGAUGUUUGAGUCGUGCACUUAUUUACAGAAUUUAAAGGGGACCUGUCAUGCCUUUUAGGAAGUUUUGCUUUUGGCAAGUACUAGAGUAGAUGUUCAUACUUGACUGUUCAAGAAUACUUUAUUCAUCACAUAUUUUACAAUAUUGGAAGCACACUCAGCAAGUGUGUAAAAGCUGUGCAGUGUGUAAACCUCACUCUGUGUUAAAGCAUCUAACUACCAUGCUGGACCGUUACCUUCACACCGCCACCGGCGAGAUUGUCAGAGUAGCCGGAAGUCAUUCAUUUUCAAUGAGAACCGGUGGGAACCCCAUCGAGCAGCGACGUGGUGCGUCAUGUACGGUGUGAGCAUUGAGAAGAGCUGAAAUCAACUCAACUUUAUGGUAAUGAGCUAUAAAGCGGUUCAGCGGCAACCAAUCGGAAGGCGGAAACGUUCGGCAGCAACCAAUCGGAAGGCAGAAACCUCCCCUUGAGAGGAUUACAAAGAAUGCAUUCGAGCGUCAGAUGGUCCACUACACCUUUUGAAUAGCAUCGUUAAUAGGGCAGCCAGAGCUUUUACUGACUCUUUUGCUGGUG